GACCGGGUCGAUGGUCUGUGUACCCGACCCGUAUAACUUAAUUGCCACCCCUCAAAAAAUGGUUUCCCCCCUACAAUCUGCCCUCCGCUUCUGCCCGCAGUGUGCUGCCGCUGCCCAAGCUGCUCUUCCGUUGUCCCUUCGCCGGAAUCCGGACGGCAGAGAAGCAAGGGCGUAACCUCGUCAAUCUUCAGUCAGUGAGGUCGAGACCAAUUUGCUGGAGCAGCCAUGAGUACCAUGAAAUUCUGCCGCGAAUGCAAUAACAUAUUGUACCCAAAAGAAGACAGAGAGCAGAAGGUUCUUCUUUAUGCUUGCAGGAAUUGCGACCAUCAGGAAGUAGCUGAUAACAACUGUGUCUAUAGAAACGAAAUACAUCACUCUGUUGGUGAGCGUACUCAAGUAUUACAAGAUGUAGCUGCUGAUCCAACUCUUCCUAGGACUAGAACUGUUCGAUGUACUGUCUGCAAUCAUGGAGAGGCUGUCUUCUUCCAGGCGGCUGCAAGAGGAGAGGAAGGAAUGACCUUAUUUUUUGUCUGUUGCAAUCCAAACUGUGGUCACAGAUGGAGAGAUUGAUUUCAGGAUCAUGUGAUGACACUGAUGUAUAUGCUGCUUGUUUCCUCUUCUGUGGGAUCGUACUAACAUUCUCACCGACUGAAGCCAAAUAGCAUCUGUGGCAUGUUUUGUGCUAAUUGAUCUUCUAUUUCCAAACUAAAUGGUCUCCUAUUGCUGACUAACACAAAUACUGAUGGUCACAUGGCAUGUUGUAUCUCCCACAGAUUGAGCUUAAAUGGACAUGUAAUUUGUGGCACA